GACUAUUAAUGCUCUCGACAUGUUCGAGACCUCGUGAGAUUGCUGAGGUGCUAUCUCAAUGAUUUGCAUAAGAUUCUCUUCGUGUGUGCUCUAGUUUCGUGUUCCAGCGAGCAACCCUUCAAGCCAUCGUGUGAACAUCUCAUCCGCAGUCGAACCGAAUGGAUGACUACGUCAACGCUACCGUGGGACAACCGCAAGACUCAGCGUUUUCAUACGGAUAAUCGGGGGCGGUGACCCGCUCCCGGCUAUCGCCGUGUGGUGAAAGAUAAAGAGUCGAGAAUGCGUGUUUCCAGAGACCAUACCGUCGAGUGAAUUCUCCCUGAACGCGAAUGUCUGCCAGCUAUCUCGCCGCUAUCGCCACCCGCCGGACCAGAUAUGCUCUGACAGACAAGUCCACGAUUCCAGACGACAAGAUCGAAUACAUUCUCAAGGAGUGUCUCUUGCACACUCCCUAUGGCUGGGACUCAAACUGCGGGCGCCUCGUUCUCAUGGUCGGCGAGAAGCACCGACAGCUGUGGUCGUUAAUCCGCGAAUCAGUCACCAAAGGCCUCGAAGGUGGCGACCACUUGGCAACUGUACAAAAGCGAAUUGACGGCUUCCAUGCUGCUUAUGGAUCCGUUUUGUUUUGGGAUGAUCAGGCCAUAUUGGACGGACUGAUAGAAAGCAUGCCUCCGAAAUACACUCCGGUCGUCCCCAUCCUGGCUGCGAAGAGCGCUGGUAUGCUCCAGAGCACCGUUUGGACCGCUCUUGCCAUGGAGGGGAUGGGUGCCAGCUUACAGCACAACGCCUAUGACCCUGCCGUUGCCGAACAGAUCUGUGCUACCUUUGGCUUCCCAAAAACAUGGCGUUCGACUGCCAUCAUGCCCUUCGGUAUUCCUUACGCUCCCCCGACCGACAAAAAGUUCGCGUCGGCCGAUGAACGUUUCAUAUUAGUGAAAGAUUGAGUAUUUAAUGCCCGUUAAUCUUAGAUUUCUCUCGUGUAUGCACAAUGCUCUAGACAUCACGAUCUGGUCUGAUUACCUCUGACGAUUUGGGUAUCAGGCGGCAAUCAAGGGCUAUCGCGUGCUGGAUGUAGUCAUGAAACCUCCGUACUCCGGUCGUCGAAAACACAGUACAAUCUUGCCG